AUGGAUUUUAUUCGUCUUUUCAAACAUCACAAAUUCUUAAUAUUAUUUUGUGGUUUUAUUUAUAGUUUCGUUUGGUUUAAUAAUAAAAUUUUUGAACAGUCAUCCAAAUUUGAUAAAACUGUAACAAGUUAUCAUGCCAAUAUAUCAAUUAAAAAUAUUUAUUUUAUUUUUGAAUAUCUAUCAAAACUUCAAAUAAAUUUACUAUUAAUUGAUCCAUUUCUACUCGAUUAUCUUUUUAUUCGUCAAUUGCCGUUUCGAAAAUUUCAAAAACAUUUAAUUACAUUUGGUAUUACCUACGAUUCUAUUCACAUAAUUAAUGUAUUAUUGUCAGAGAAAAAGUUUUCUGUUACAAUAUCAAGAAGUUUUAAUAAUUCAUCCAUCGAUCAUAUAUUUAUUGCAUACAAUCAACAAUUAAUUCAUUUAGCUAUUUUACAUGAAAAAAAAUCCUAUUUUCUUAUACGACCAACUACGGUACAAUUACCAAUCAAUAUAAAUCUUUCAUAUGGCGAUACAGCUCGUGUAAUAGAACUUACUGAAAAAGAAUUUGCCAAAGAUCAAUUACCAUUCUACUGUCCUAACAAUGUAUUGCAUUUUCUAUGGUUAUAUAAGAGGUCGGAAUUUCUUGAAUGUAAUCGAACUUUAGCCAAUAAAAUGGAAAAUCAAUUUCACAUCUAUCAAAAUCGUAGUCAAAUUAAUUUAGUUAUUUUACCAAUGAGAAAUAUUAAUUAUAUUUUGAAUAAACUAGAAAAAAAUUAUUGGCUUGCUGGAGGAACAUUACUUGGUUGGUAUCGCCAUUGUGGUUUCAUACCAUAUACUCAAGAUGUAGACUUUGGUCUUUUUGCUGAAGAAUAUGAUGAAAAUAUUCGAAAGUAUUUUCUUGGAAAUCCUAUUGUAUAUCUUUGGGGAGCACUAGGACUUGUUAAUGAUUCUCUUGAGUUUCGUCUAUUCACGGGUCACUAUACAUUUGAUUUAUUUUGGGCAUAUCGAGAAAAUGAUCAUCGAUGGUGUGGCUAUCAAGUAAACAGAGUUAAAUAUAAACGAUUUCUGCCAUUGCUUCCAAAGCUGUGUUCUUGUGAUUUAUUUGGUUAUCGGUUUUCUAUUCCAUGUUCACCUGUUGAUUAUCUCAAUAAUGAGUAUGGGUAUGAUCUAUGGAAGAAUCCAUUAGAAAACAAUUACAAAUGGAUUAACAUAAAAUAUCAAUCUACAUGGAAUGACAUAUCAUGGAUGUAUGCAAUACGUCUAUAUACAUCCGAAGGAAAACUUCGUCAAGAUAAAUAUGCAAUUAAUUGGAUUACUAAACACUUUAAUUAUUCGUUAAAAAGAAUUCCAUCAUAUCUCAAUGUUCUACCUAAUGAGCCAAUUACGCUGCCGCCAGUUUUCAUAGGAGAAAUUUAG